AGCCCAAUCAUCCUUAAUUUCCCCAAAAAUUUCUUUUUUUUUUAAUCCCCAAUUAAUCUUGAAAAUUUCAAGAUUGUUUUUUUUUUUUUUGUUGCUAAUUUUGAGGUAUACCCAGAUAGUUGGGUACUUAAUUUUAACUUGGGGUUGACUGUAAUUGGAGUUUUACUGCAGUUAAAGCUGACCCAGUUCUUCAGAUUCAUCAGUAUUUUCAUGACAGAAUGGUUUGAGGAAUUUUUGAAGCAGUGCAGUUGAGCCAUGGGUAGCAGUGAGAUGGAUAAAUCCUCAAAGGAGUCAAAGGAAGCAAAAGAGUCAAAAACUCCCAAUUCGCAGGAGCAGGCUUCUACUACUACCGCUGGCCCAGUCAAUCCAGAUUGGUCUGGCUUUCAGGCAUAUUCUCCUAUGCCUCCACAUGGCUAUAUGGCCUCAAGUCCUCAACCACACCCUUAUAUGUGGGGAGUUCAGCAAUUUAUGCCGCCACCCUAUGGUACUCCACCACAUCCAUACGUUGCAAUGUAUCCCCAUGGUGUAUAUGCUCAUCCAUCUAUGCCUCCGGGAUCUUACCCCUUCAGUCCUUUUGCAAUGCCUUCUCCAAACGGCGUCGCUGAAGCUUCAGUUAGCAACCCUGGUAAUGUCGAAGUGGAUGGUAAGUCAGCUGAGGGAAAGGAAAAAUUGCCGAUUAAGAGAUCUAAGGGAAGCUUGGGUAGUUUGAAUAUGAUUACCGGGAAGAAUAACGGACCUGGUAAGACAUCUGGAGCAUCUGCAAAUGGAGCCUAUUCUAAAAGUGCCGAGAGUGGAAGUGAAGGGUCAAGUGAAGGAAGUGACGCUCAUUCUCAAAAUGAGUCACCGAUGAAUUCAGGAGGCAGGCAAGAUUCAGCUGACGCAUCUCAAAAUGGAAACGCUGCACAUGGUUCCCAGAAUGGUGCUCCUCAUUCGAUGAUUAAUCAGACAAUGGCAAUCGUGUCAGCUGGGGGGCCCGGAGGUAUUCCUGGCGGCCCCGCAACCAACUUGAAUAUUGGUAUGGACUACUGGGGUGCUGCCACGUCACCGUCUAUUCCUGCAAUGCAUGGAAAGGUACCUGUUUCAGUUGCUGGAGGGUUGGUUACUGCUGGAUCACGAGAUAGCGUCCAAUCACAGAUGUGGAUUCAGGAUGAAAGGGAGAUUAAGAGGCAGAAAAGAAAGCAGUCCAACAGGGAAUCUGCCCGUCGAUCUCGGUUAAGAAAGCAGGCAGAGUGUGAUGAACUUGCACAGCGUGCUGAAGUUUUAAAGGAAGAAAAUGCCUCUCUUAGAGCCGAACUGAAUCGUAUCAGGAGUGAGUUCGAGCAACUUCAUGCUCAGAAUGCAUCUCUUAAGGAGAGACUCGGGGAAGUUUCAGGUGAAGAUGAUCCAAGAACUACUCAUCCUUCACAAACUGAGCCCCAUCAGGGUGGUCAAUGAUGUUCUAGCUGCAUUAAUGUGGAUUGAGGAUUAGGAAUUUAACCUAACAAACUUUGUAGUAGAAAAAGGGUUUAAUUUGCAUAUUGACUAGUCUAUAAUUCGCGAAAAGCUCACCUUUUUUAGUAUCAGGAUCUGUAUUAUGCCCGACGUUGUCCAUCGUUUCUCUGUUGGACCAAUCUUUUAUGGUCGAGAAACCUGGAUGAUAUGUAGAGAAUGUGAUUGUUACAGUAGUUCUUUUCCAGCUAGGAGGUGUUCCUAUUUUUCUCAAAUUUGUAUUUACUAAUAUUGUUGAUGAGUUUGCUACACUGAAGACAAUAUUAUUUCCUAUCCAA